AUGCUCUAUGGCCUCCUCCUAGCAUGCGUCCUCCUCGGUGCCGCACUCGUACUCUAUGUGCUGUCCACCUUUCUGCUACUCUUGCUCCGGCAGGUCCUCUCACCGUUGCGCCACCUCCGAGGCCCAGCGUCCCCGUCAUUCUUCAUGGGAAACCUUCGGGAGAUGCACGACCAGGAGAACACUAACCUCAUCGCCCGUUGGCAGGAGCAGCACGGCAGCACCUUUGUCUACCGCGGCUUCAUGGGCGGCGUUCGGCUCAUGACUACGGACCCGGUCGCUGUCGCCCACAUUCUGGGGCGCGGCUACGACUAUCCAAAGCCCGACUUCGUGCGGGAUAACCUGUCCAACAUGGCGGCGGGCGAACACGGGCUGCUCACCGUCGAGGGUGAAGAUCAUCGGAGACAGGUGCGACCGCCUUGCACAUUCUGGAGCCCAGCAUUCACGUCGGCGCACAUCAAAUCGCUCAGCCCCAUAUUCUGGGUGAAGGCCGUGGAGCUUCGCGACAUCUGGCUUGAUAUAGCCUCUUGUUCACAAAGCCGGGCUGCUCCUUCAGACCCCUUCUAUGUCGCACCGCCGCAGCCGGGCCGGGCUGCCAAGGACGACUUGCGUGCUCGCGCCUUCGCGACGACCACGUCAGCCCUUCCGAAUCCAUUCUCGUCUUUCGUUCCUGGGAAGACCACUGCUCGCAGGCAGAACAGAAGUGCUUCCACAGCUCAGCCGGAUAGCGCAGCCGUCUCGACAUCCGAUGACGGGCCCACGCGAGUGGAUGUGCUUGCGUGGCUUGCCCGUGCAACUCUCGAUGUCAUCGGCGAGGCUGGCUUUGGUUACGAGUUCAAUUCCCUGACAUCCGCGGCAAGGAGGGGCGAAGAGAAGGGGGGCGAGACCGAGAACGAGCUUGCCCGUGCGUUCGGUGUCAUAUUUAGCGCAGCGCGCAAAUUCAGGGUCAUCACGGUGCUCCAGGCGUGGUUCCCCGGAUUACGGAGAUUUAGCAGGGAAAGUGCAGCCCAGCGCGAAGCACGCGAGACGAUGCGCCGCAUCGGGCUGUCUCUGAUCGAACAGCGGCACGCAGAGGCGACCAAAGAGCAAGCCGCCACUCUCCGCGGUGCGGACGCGCACCUCAAGCAGCAGCCAGCGACCGAGCACACGACGGACGGGCGAGACCUGCUGAGCGUCCUCAUCCGCUCGAACCUCUCCUCCGUCCCAUCGCAGCGGCUCUCCCUGGAGGAGACGCUCUGCCAGAUCUCAACGUUCCUCUCUGCGGGGCACGAGACGUCCUCCUCCGCGCUGACGUGGACGCUCUACGCCCUCGCGCGCGCACCGAACGUCCAGGCCCGGCUCCGGCGCGAGCUGGCUGUGAUCCCCCUGCCCGUCGGGUCCCUCGUAUCGGGGUCCCCGCCUCCCGCAGACACGAUCGCGGCGAUCCUGGACCAGCCGUACCUCGACGCGGUCGUGCGCGAGUCGCUCCGGCUGCACGCGCCUGUUACGUCGACGAUGCGCGUUGUGGGCGUCGACGACGUCGUGCCUGUCUCGCGGCCAUUUUUCGACCGCCAUGGGCGCACGUGCGAUGCGAUUCGCAUGCGGAAGGGCGACAUGAUCACGGUCUCGAUCCAGGCGAUGAACAAGAGCAGGGAGGUGUGGGGCGAGGACGCGGAGGUGUUCCGGCCGGAGCGGUGGCUCCUUGCUGGCGAGAAGGGGGAGGAUCGGUCCGACGACGAGGACGAGGGCGAGGACGAGAAGGUGAGGCGAGAGGGGAAGCCUGGGAGAGGGCAGAAGAAGGCGGGCGCGCCGGGGCUGUGGGGCAACAUGCUGACGUUCGGGAACGGGAACCCUGUUAAUGGGAACCGGGCAUGCAUUGGAUUCCGCUUUGCCAUCAACGAGAUUAAGAUCUUCUUGUAUGUCCUGUUGCACGACGUAGACUUCUCCAUUGACCCGACGGUGGAGAUCGAGAAGAAGGUCAACGUCGUCACUCGUCCAGCGGUCAAGUCAGAACCACACAUGGGAAACCAGAUGCCGUUGAAUAUUCGACGACGCAUUGUAUCAGAACACAUAGUGUAA